GUUCGCGAGGUACUACGUAGCGUUUUUCGCUCCAGAUAUCGUCGAUCUAUACGUGAAGUGGCAAUAUGCGUAGGACCCAAUCCUCACCGCAUCAACCAUGCUUACAAAAUGCCAGUGUCAAUAUGUGAUGCGGAGGAUUCACACGACGAAAACUGUGGCUCGCCAUGCAGCGCAUUAUCGGAUGUGGAGAAACGUCGGAUCAAUAGGCAGUUGUUUUUAGCAUUUCCUCCGGAAGAAGCACGCCAUUCCGGCCAGCGAAUGUUCGUCUUUAUUCGAGGAUACGACGAGCUAGUGAGAGAAGAUAUUGAGGAAAGUGAUGUGUUCUUCCAUGACGAUAAAUGUAGUGUGGUUGAAUUUGACCAUGAAGGAUGCUCGACGCAGCUCUCUGAAU